UGGCCUUCAACACCAAAUAUGGGAUGCUCGACAUGCCCGAUGCAAGCAGCGGAGCCAUGUGCGUAUACGUGGCCAACAGCGAUGUCAGCGGCACGUACUUUGCCCAGCCAGCCCCCGGCGCCGUCGCGUCAACGACGUCGGAUCCGUCCUAUCAGCAGUCGCUCGUGGUGCAGUCGACGUCAACGGUGUUUUCCACAAUUUACCGCCAAGGAGACUUUGUGCAGGCCUACAUCAACGGAUCGACUGCGACGCCGAACGGCAACGGGUUUCUCAUGCUCCCAGCCGCGUCGCUGAGCUCGUCGACGUGCUUCUCCGUCAAUCCGAUUGCGUAUACCGUGGGGGGUGGCACCGAAACCUCGCGCUGUCGCCUGUCCGUCACCAACCUCACUGCGUCGUGCACGGCGCUGGGCAUGUCGCCCUUUGUUCAAAGCCUCUCGGUGGCGACAACCCCGCGUGCCACGACGCUAGUGGCCGUGACACUUACCGAAGUGAAGCUGCAAACGGCGACUGACGUGGUCGACGUGACGCGGAAUGCAUCGGCGUGUGUGCCGUCUGUCGACGCGAAAGUGUGCACAAAUGUCUUGCAAGAGCUCACGUACACGAUCACGCACGACGGCAACGGCACGAUCCUCAGUGUCCAAGCGUCUGUGGUCCUUGGCUCGGUGCCGUUGACUGCGACGUCGCUACCCCAAACAUUCCACGUCCAGUUCGUCAGCACGAGCUCCGUGCUGCGAUCGCAAGCCUUGGCCAACUUGAUCUCGUACGAACGGUCCGGGAACCCCGGGUACCUCGACCACUUGCCUCUGCGCGCCGGUGUUCUUCGCGCCAAUGGCUCGGUGCAAGCCAUCGCGGAGAGUACCGGUGGUUUUCCACUACUGCAAGCCGGUCCGUGCGCCAAUGGCUCGGCGAGUGGCGCCAAAUUUGGCCGCGACAUGCUCGUCUCGUGCUCUCUACGGCUGUCGCUGACCGAUUUCAAAGCGUUUUGUCUCUCGAGCGCGGUGCCACCGGCGCUGCAGGUGACCACAACGCACGUCGCCGCCUACGGCAACGCCGAUCCGUUCAAGGUCAGCGACUGGGUGGCCGUCACAGCACCGGCCAAUGCAACGUCCGGUGGCGUCUACUCCAACGGCGUGUGCACCAACCUCAUCACAAGCGCCCACAUCUUCGUCUCGUAUGCCAUGACGGGCGACGUGCAAGCGCCGCAGCGCAAGGUCACGUCGGUUCUCGUGAGCUACGCCAAAGAGAACGUGGCGUUUCCACUCUUCAAGGCCUCGGACACCAUGUCCCUUCUGCUAUCGACGACGCUGACGUUUCGAGAGGUGGCGUCGGCAGUGCCAACGGACCUCAUUUUACCGGCGCCCGACAUUUGGUUUACGCUGCCCAGCGACGUCUUCUAUCCGUUCUUGCUCUCGUCGCCCGCGAGCCGUCUCGACGUCAACGUGCCUAGCCUCGUCCUCGCACUUGUAUGUUGGAUGCGCUAAGCUUCCGUCCGAUGGACCUGCCCAGCGUCACUACUUGGCAGGAUGGAUAGAAAGUCUUCAUUCACGCAAGCCCCCAUCAUCCUACCAGCAUCUUACUUGCUUUUGCCCAA